AUGAUUCUGUUCCUGGGGUUUGCCCACAGCCUCCCGCUGACCUUUGACCUGAAGGUGGUGGUCGGAGGUUUGUUUGUCGGUGUGUGUGCCGCUGGAGGAGCUCUGUCUUCAUUCCUCAGGUGUUCGGUCCUCCUCAUGUUUCCCAGCAUCCUCGGCUCCCGUGGUCACGCCUACUUGAUGAUUCUGAUCACGUCCAUUCUGUACAAAGGUCCGAUCGCCAACAUCCAGGGUAACGCAGAGGCGGCUGCUCUGUCCCUGAGCUGUAAUUUGGACCUGCAGGUUCAUCACGGCAGGAUGUUGUGGAGACACGCCAUCAAACCAUUUAUACUCAUCACCCAGGAGCUCAUGGACAAUAAAGACGACUUUCAGUCAGAGUCUCUGAACAUCAGCGCGAGGUUCCAGAAUAUCAGAGACGAAGUCCUGUCCCAGUACGGGUACGACCAGGUCCAAUCCAAACCUGGAGGCAGUGCAAACAGCACGCAGGAGCUGUUUGCUGCCAGGACCAAGCUGCAGUGCGACAGUGUGGUUAAUGAGGGCGUGCAGCGCUGUGCUGAUUGGUUCAGCCGCAGGUGGGCGGAGUGUAUGACGGUGAUUCCUGUCCCAGUCAUCAACUACAUCCUCUGCGUGUCCAUGAAGUUCCACUUCCUGUGUGAUGUCAUGAGAGUGAUGACUCCGUGGUGCAGAGAGCAGAUUCCUGUGGAGGGAAACUUCGGUCAGCUGUUCGAUCAGCUCAAUGUUUCCGUGGACCGGCUGUCCAGAGAGUUCAGAACAGAACUGGUCCUGCAGGAGCAGCACCAGCAGUCGGUGUUGGAUGGAUCUGUGCUGGAUCAGAACUUCACUCAGGCUGUCAAACAGUCCUUCCUCACCCUGACGAAGACGAUGGACAGCAUUCUGGACAUCCUGCAGAUGAUUCUGUCCUUCACCUUCAUCACUGUUUUCAUUCAGGGCUUCAGCUACCUUCGCUGUUUUCAGAGGGACAUCUGUUUUGACAACGUCUACAUCACCACCUACUUCAGAAAGAUUGACGCCCGCAGGAGACGAGCGGGGAAGCGCUUCCUGCUGCCUCUGAAGAAACCAGAGAGAAAUAAGUUCAUCCACCCCUGGAGCCCAAAGAUUUACGCUGCGGAGCUGAAACAAAUGACAGCAGAUGUGUUUCAGGCUCUGUCUGUGGCUCUUGUGUGUGUCGUGCUGCUGACGGUUGACUUCGCUCUGUUUCGUGUUCUGGACAUCAUCAGCAGACACACGUUUACCCAGUUCAACGUCUCCAGUAGUCACCAUGUGGACAUCAAAGUGGGUGGAGACUCCACGAUGGCUCGCCUCCUGAGGACGACGAUUUCUGGUUUCAACAGUUCAUCCGAACUGAACAUCCAGAGCAAUAACCAAGAGUGCGUGUCCCCCCCCUCCUCCCUCCCCGUCGGUGUGUAUGUGAGCUGUGCAUGCUGCGUCCUGAUGCUGGUGCUGUUCAGCUGCCUCCAGGUUUACACCAACCGCCUCCGACGGGCCAUCGCUGCCGUCUACUACCCCAAGAGGGAGAAGAAGAGAGUUCUGUUUCUUUACAACCUGCUGCUCCACACGAGGAUCCUGUCCUCGGACCGGAGGACGGUGAGCAGGCGAGGACAGAGGACGGUGUUCCAGCGUCUGAGCAGGUGGGGGCGUGGCCUCUUUCAUCAUCACAGACAGGAAGGGUCAGGCUUGGAGGAGACGCGUUACGCCUGCAGUUAG